GAGCCCGACGCUUCUUCUGGCGAGCGGCGCGGCUGCGAGGCGUUACUCUGCGCUCCCUGCGGGCGGGCGGCGGCGGGCGCCGGGCGCCGGGACUCACGGGCCAGGGCUGCUCAGGGCUGGAGAGGCCAGGCCCAGGCCGCGGGCACCGGGACCUCGCAGCUGCGGACUCCGUGUAACUGGAUUUCGAAAAAGAACUCACUGAGCUCUUGGUUCCAAGGCACCGAUUGGACUCAGAGCGAGAAGCGGCCGUUCGGCUGAAACUUGGGGCCGAGCCUUGGGGGCCGAAGAAAGAGCGGGGAGUUGAAAAGAAGGCGAAGGAGGAGGCGGCGGCGAGCCGAGCCUCGAGGCGAGGAGGCGGAGCAGCACCGCCGCGGCGGCGGCCUUGGCUCGCAGGCGGCGGCGCCGGGUCCUCGCCCGCCGGGGGCUGGGCUUGGUGUGGGGGGCGCGCGCGUUGCUGUGCGCUGUGAGUCGAGAGACUUGGGCAAACUUUCAAGGGGAGUAACUGGAGACGCUUGUUGCUCCUCGCCGCAGGAAAAGCCGCACCGUUACGUCGCGGCAGGAGGAGAAGGCGGCGCGCCCGGCCCGAGCCGAAGAGUUUGGUCCCCCGGCGGCGGCGGCGCGACUGCUGGGCGGAGGUGGCGGCGGCGCCCCCGCGGCGCGGGCACUCCAGCUGCAGCGCCCCCGGCUCCGCGCCGCCCACGGCCCGGCCCCGGCGCCGGGAGGACUCUCAUGCGCCGGGCGCGGUGGCGCCUCCCCGGAUCCGAGCCUCCCUCGGCUGCCUCGUCGCGAUCCUCCAGCUGAGAGCGCCGCUGCACCCACGGCCGGCGAUGCGGGGCGCCGGCGCGGCCACGCCGCGUUCUCCCGGGGGCUUAUGCGCCCUGGCGCUUGCGCUCCUAGGCGCGCUGUCCGCGGGCGCCGGGGCGCAGCCGUACCACGGCGAGAAGGGCAUCUCGGUGCCAGACCACGGCUUCUGCCAGCUCAUCUCCAUCCCGCUCUGCACGGACAUCGCUUACAACCAGACCAUCCUGCCCAACCUGCUGGGCCACACCAACCAAGAGGAUGCGGGCCUCGAGGUGCACCAGUUCUACCCGCUGGUGAAGGUGCAGUGCUCCCCGGAGCUGCGCUUCUUCCUGUGCUCCAUGUACGCGCCCGUGUGCACCGUGCUGGAUAAGGCCAUCCCGCCGUGCCGCUCCCUGUGCGAGCGCGCCCGCCAGGGCUGCGAGGCGCUCAUGAACAAGUUCGGCUUCCAGUGGCCAGAGCGGCUGCGCUGCGAGAACUUCCCGGUGCACGGCGCCGGCGAGAUCUGCGUGGGCCAGAACACGUCCGACGGCUCCGGGGGUCCGGGCGGCGGCCCCACGGCCUACCCCACCGCGCCCUACUUGCCCGACCUGCCCUUCACCGCGCUGCCCCCGGGGGCGGCUGAGAGCAGGGGCAGGUCCUCCUUUCCCUUCUCAUGCCCCCGGCAGCUCAAGGUCCCCCCCUACUUGGGUUACCGUUUCUUGGGCGAGCGCGACUGCGGCGCCCCGUGCGAGCCUGGCCGCGCCAACGGCCUCAUGUACUUUAAGGAGGAGGAGCGGCGCUUCGCCCGCCUCUGGGUAGGCGUCUGGUCGGUGCUGUGCUGCGCCUCCACGCUCUUCACGGUCCUGACCUACCUGGUGGACAUGAGGCGCUUCAGCUACCCCGAGCGGCCCAUCAUCUUCCUGUCGGGCUGCUACUUCAUGGUGGCCGUGGCGCACGUGGCCGGCUUCCUGCUGGAGGACCGCGCAGUGUGCGUGGAGCGCUUCUCCGACGACGGCUACCGCACGGUGGCGCAGGGCACCAAGAAGGAGGGGUGCACCAUCCUCUUCAUGGUCCUCUACUUCUUCGGCAUGGCCAGCUCCAUCUGGUGGGUCAUCCUGUCGCUCACCUGGUUCCUGGCGGCCGGCAUGAAGUGGGGCCACGAGGCCAUCGAGGCCAACUCGCAGUACUUCCACCUGGCGGCGUGGGCGGUGCCCGCGGUCAAGACCAUCACCAUCCUGGCCAUGGGCCAGGUGGACGGGGACCUGCUCAGCGGGGUGUGCUACGUGGGCCUGUCCAGCGUGGACGCGCUGCGGGGCUUCGUGCUGGCGCCCCUGUUCGUCUACCUCUUCAUCGGCACGUCCUUCCUGCUGGCCGGCUUCGUGUCGCUCUUCCGCAUCCGCACCAUCAUGAAGCACGACGGCACCAAGACGGAGAAGCUGGAGAAGCUCAUGGUGCGCAUCGGCGUCUUCAGCGUGCUCUACACCGUGCCCGCCACCAUCGUGCUGGCCUGCUACUUCUACGAGCAGGCCUUCCGCGAACACUGGGAGCGCACCUGGCUGCUGCAGACCUGCAAGAGCUACGCGGUGCCCUGCCCGCCCGGCCACUUCCCGCCCAUGAGCCCCGACUUCACCGUCUUCAUGAUCAAGUACCUGAUGACCAUGAUCGUGGGCAUCACCACCGGCUUCUGGAUCUGGUCUGGCAAAACCCUACAGUCGUGGCGCCGCUUCUACCACAGACUCAGCCACAGCAGCAAGGGGGAGACUGCGGUCAACUGAACCAGAGGUCAAGUGACUCCCCGAGGUGGCAGUGAAGGUGGCAGUGACUCAGCAGCUCUGGCAGGAAUAGACUCCAGGCCUCACCCCAGGAAAAGCCUCAGAAGCCACUGAAGCUAUUCUUCCCUCUUGUCCCAGAAGCCGACUUUGGAAUCAGAUUAGACUGAGAAGCCUUCACUAUCCAGGCACUUUGAUAUUAAACAGUCCCUCGGGGAAAUGAUAAAGGCAUUCUUA